AUGGAAGAAAAUCCAACAGCGGGUCUUAUUGAUGAAACAUCAGAUAUUGAAAUUGAUUAUGACGAAGAUGGUAACCCUAUAGCACCACCUAAGAAAAAAGAAAUAGACCCAUUACCUCCCAUAGAUCAUUCUUUAAUAAAAUACCAAAGCUUUGAAAAGAAYUUUUACACUCCACAUAAUGAAAUAUCAUCUUUAACUGUGGAUAAAGUAAUUCAGUUACGUAAGACUCUUGGUCUCAGAGUAAAUGGGGCCGAUUUACCUUAUCCAGUCACAUCAUUUGCUCAUUUUAAUUUUGAUGACGCCUUAAUGAAAAUCAUUCGCAAGUCUGACUAUGUACAACCUACUCCKAUUCAAAGUCAAGCAGUUCCUGCUGCACUUGCUGGACGUGAUAUCAUUGGUAUUGCCAAAACUGGAAGUGGUAAAACGUUAGCAUUCGUAUGGCCAAUGUUGGUUCACAUAAUGGAUCAACCAGAACUGAAAGAAGGUGAUGGGCCAGUUGGUUUGAUAUUGGCACCUACUAGAGAAUUGUCUCAACAAAUCUAUGCAGAAGCAAAAAAAUUUGGAAAGAUCUAUAACCUGAGAGUAGUGUGUUGUUAUGGAGGCGGUUCAAAGUGGGAACAAUCCAAAGCACUUGAAGGAGGYGCUGAAAUCAUAGUAGGUACUCCUGGCAGAGUAAUCGAUUUAGUAAAAAUGUCUGCAACCAACUUAACUAGAGUAACAUUCCUAGUACUAGAUGAAGCUGAUAGAAUGUUCAAUAUGGGUUUUGAACCUCAAGUGCGCUCGAUUUGUGACCACGUGAGACCAGAUCGCCAAACAUUAUUGUUUUCUGCCACAUUUAAAAARAAGGUUGAAAAGUUGGCACGCGAUAUUCUUACUGAUCCUAUAAGAAUUGUUCAAGGAGAUAUUGGUGAAGCAAAUACUGAUGUAACACAAAUUAUGUUGGUGAUGCCACAAAGUGACAAGUGUCAAUGGCUAUUGGAUAAUUUAGUUCAAUUUACAUCAACUGGAUCCAUUCUCGUAUUUGUUACUAAAAAAUUAGACGCAGAACAACUAGCUAGUACAUUGACUGUAAAGGAGUAUGAAGUGUUACUGUUACAUGGUGACAUGGACCAAGCCGAAAGGAACAAAGUAAUAACAAAAUUCAAAAAACAAGAAGUCAACAUAAUGGUAGCCACCGAUGUUGCUGCUAGAGGUCUGGAUAUAGCUCAUAUYAGAACAGUUGUGAAUUAUGACAUAGCUAGAGAUAUUGACACACAUACACAUCGUAUUGGAAGAACUGGUCGAGCGGGAGAAAAAGGUACAGCAUUUACUUUAGUCACACCAAAAGAUUAUGAAUUUGCUGGUCACUUGGUACGAAGUCUUGAAGGUGUGGGACAGGAAGUUCCCAAACCACUUUUAGAUCUCGCCAUGCAGAGCUCUUGGUUCAGAAAAAGUCGUUUCAAAGGCGGAAAGGGUAAAUCAGUAACUGCU